AUGGGAAUUGUGAGAGUGGAGUCAACUGUGCAAGAAGAGAACAGAAUCGAUCAGUCUGUCCGGCAGCCAAGUGAUGCUUUCUGUCCCUGUGCUCCGGGUUAUCGGAGCAUAGAAGAUGAGAUGAGAUACUGCAUCAGACAAGUAUAUGACAUCUGUAGAGAUGGCAGUUCCCGAAACCAGGAAGGACAGUGCCUGACUAAGAAAGAAUGGACUCGUUACUGCUCAGAUAAGGUUUGUGCUGUCCGUGAAGACUAUCAAGGCUAUGACAAGGUCCUUGGCCUCUGCAUUUGUCGCAUAGAUGAUCUGGACAGGGUGUGUAACUCACAGUGUCGAAGGCAGCAAAGAGAUAUUCUGCAGGUUACUUGUAAAGAAGGGAGGGCUCAGCUUGCUGUCUCUUACAGAAAUAAGAGCCAGAUUGCCAUUUCUCUGGAAAAAUUAAAGACGGCACUUCAUGUGUUAUAUUUUCCUGACAAAGAUGCUUGCACUUUGGAGCACAGUGAUUCUUCCCAUCCUGUAUACGUGGUGAAAACAAGUGGGGAAGGGUUUUUAGGUGUAUACAAUCCUGACCCAGAACUGUUGCAUCACCUCAUUGUGCCAAGUGAGAUUUCACCUCCUCACAAAAAUGAGCCGGCAGCAGCAACAACAGCAGCGGCUGCUCUAGCUAAGUCUGGCAAGGAAGAACCUGGACCUUACUGGGCACAAAGCCAGAGGCCUUCCAACUCAACACCAAAAAGCACGUUUACUGGCAUCUUAAAUCCUACAACAUGCAUCAUUGUUAAUGCUACCAUCCUGUUCAUUGUUUCCAAGGACCAUUAUCCAGUUUAUGAUGUAAACAACCUGUACAACACAAACCAUGGAUUUGACUGGGGAGGAUUUCGUCGCCUGGCAGAAGACGUCAGCAUGGCCUCCUCUGCUAACUUCCAUCUCCUCCUUUACCAGUUCCAGCAUCCAGGAGUCUAUGUCAUUGGGUUAAGUAGCAAUCACCACAAAAAAAUGCUUCUUUGUCAAGAGCUUGGUUGGGCCAAGAGAGGAACUACAUGCCCCCCAUUUCGAAGGCUGCAGCUGAAAUAUAACCUGGACAAAUAUUCCUCCAAAGGAUCCACAGUGAUUUCGGUUAAAAAAUAUCAUCCCAUACUACAGAACAAAGGCAGCUUGGACAACAACUCUGACAGCACUGAUGGUACAGAAGCUUUCUUCCUGGAAAAAGGGGAAAUGUGGGUGUCUGAAGAACAAAUUGACUUGGACUCAUUCAAUACCAACAUUUUCUUUGAAAUCCUGCUGACACAGUCCCUGUCAGUAACGGCUAAACUGAGUCAAUUCAAAGAAGAGCUGAAAACCUUGUAUCACAAGCUUAUGAAUGAAAUAUCAUCUCUUAAAGAGCUUUGGAUAACGAGACUCGGUGUCCCAGAGGAGAUGGAGCCUUCCGACAGCAUAAAAAUGGGGACCUAUCUGCGAGCCAAACAACAGGCAGAAGAAGAGAUCCUGCACAGAAAACGGCUAGCUGCUGAAUAUGAGGAGAGUGUGAAUAAGCAACUUCACUUAUUACACCAUGAUCUGAAGUGCCAGGAAGAGCAUUAUGUCACAUUCAGUUCUGCCCUGAGAGAGGCAGUGAGAUUAGCGGAGAUGCUGACAGACAAGAUAGUUUGUGGAGGAGAUAGAAGCAUGUGGUCUAAACCAGACUGUCAAAGGUUAUUAUCCCAGAUAGAUGCUGCAAGCAACAAAAUGUCAAGUGCAAUUGUAAAGGAGAGCCACCGACUGAAGGCAUGGGGUGUCCUGGGAGAAGGAACUGGCGCUCACCUUGUUAACAAAGAUAAAACCAGGCUGCUCACCAAGGAGGAGCUCAUGGGUCCAGAUGGCUCCAUGAGGGCACUCGAUGCUGUGUGCAUAGAUCCUACCACUGGGCUCUUAACUCCCGACCCAGAAUGCGUCAUGCUGCUGGCAAAUCACUGCCUUGUGCCUGUGUCUAGAGAUCUGUUUCUGCACCCGGAGACUGGAAAAGUGCUCCCUGUGGCUGGUAACAUUGGCUAUGAUCCCAUUAGCUCUAAACUAGUCUGUGCUGUUGACUCUACUUCAGGUGAGCUGCAUAAGUCUGGAGCACCCGUAUUCCCCUAUGUCCCAUAUCCCAUCUGUCCCAGUACAGGUUUGCCCGUGAAGACUAACCUGCCAGUUCUCCACCCGGAAAAAGUUUUUAAGCUGGGAGGACUCAUGCUAGAUCCAGCCACAGAAAUAGAGGUGCCAGUGCUUGCAGUUACCAUCCAUCCCCAAACAGGGCAAAAGCUGUCCUUGGGUGGGACAUACCUAAAUCCCCUUACGGGAACAGUGACACCACUCGAACUUGGAGGGCCCAUGAAUGAGCCCAAGGGAGGAAAAAUAGUUCCAAUCCUUGGAGUCAAUGUGGACAGUAACACGGGAGAUGUAAUCCCAGUGGGGGGGCUGAUGGGACCCUCAGGGAGCCCGAUUCUUCUUGGGGACUCCUUCUCUGAGCCUCUGAGUGGGAAGCCUGCAUGUGUGCAUGGUGCUUUCCUUCAGCAAGAUAAAGUGCUGCCUCACGCCGGAGGAUACAAGGCCCUGCUGGAAGCCAGCAUGCUUGUAGCCCAGAUGCACGUGGUUAAAACCCUGCGGCAGUACCAGGAUUCAAUUUGUGAGGAUUUGUCUGUCACUGUGGACAGGCAGAGAGUCCUGAAGGCUGCCAUAGAAGACAUGAAGAAGACAUUAUCCAUCAGGCUCCAUCACGACAUGCACUGGCUGCAAAGUCUGGAGACACAACGAGACAUAGCUUCAAGCCUCAAAAGCAAUGGUGGCAAAUUGGGGAUGAUCAAAUAUCCUGGCACAGAGAUGUGGAUCCCAGCUGUGUUUGGAGUGAAAAUCCCAGACCCUGGUGGCUCAGGUUUGAUGGUGCCUAUCUUGGGAAUAGAACCUGCCUGGAACACCGGGCUCCCAACCCCGCUGGCAGGAACGAUGGAAGAUGCCGAUGGAAAAGGUCUUGUCCCCAUCACCGUCGGUGCCAGAACAAUAGAUCCUGUCACAGGGGAGCCUGGCCCGGUUAUAGGCACUCGAACCAACCCUUGGACAAACACGGUGGUUCCUAUAGUUCAGUCAUUGGGAGCUUUACCAAGAGGAGUAGCAGACCCAGAUCUGCUGAAUCUCCUGGAAAAUGAGAUAAAUUCCAGACAAAACUAUUGGCACUGCCAGAGAGAGAAGGAAGAAUACCUUCAGAAAGAGCUGAACUUUGUAUUUCUCGACAUCCUUGAUGCUGUAGAGGAAGGAAAGGUCAAAAAGAUCAGAUACAAGGAGAAGUUAAAGGACAUUGAGGAAAUGUGCCAUUUCCUUGAGGAAUCCUCUCUGCAGGAAGCUCAGAGGAGAACUGCUCGGGACUUGAGCAGCUUACUGGGCCUGGAGCUAUCUUUGCAAUUGAAAGUCAACAGAGAUGAGAGAGAACAAGAAGUGAAGCUUCUGCUGGUGAUCAGAAAGAUGCUGGAAAAACUGAUGGAGUUUAUUAAAAAGAUGCAGCUGGCAGAAAGCCGGGUGCAAAUUCAGCUGAAGGAAAAAGAACUGCAGAGGAGCAAAAACCCGAAAGCAGAGACAGCGAGGAGCCUCAGACCCAGGAAGGCGACACUCCAUCUCCUUGCUGAAUUUCAGGAGCAUAUAAAGAAACAACAGGGCAGCGUGGAGUUUGCAUACAGCAGGCUGGAGUAUCUCAGGGAGCUGUCGAACAUCCAGGGCCAGCAGGCAAAGGCUCGUCUCUCUGGGACACCACAGUGUUUUGAGAGCUACCCGGGGACCAGAUUUUACAGUUUUGCAGGUGUCCCCCAUGGCGCAAGCGAAGUUAUCCAUCGAAAGCUGAUUCCUCUGCUGAAGUCUCUGAUUCAGACCUUGGGAGAAAGCAAAAGGAGUCCUAUGUCUCCUGAGAUGCUGGUUCUGGGGUCGGAUAAAGGCUAUUGUUCACAGAGCACUUUAAAGGCCUCAACAGCUCAUUCGGAGGCAUUCCUGGCUCACAGCGGUCCUGAAGUCACUCCACCUACCCUGCUUUCACCUCUCUGGCCCUCUUUAUCCCCAUCGAGGAUCCCACACAUACAGCAAGAAGUCCAGACAAGGUUUUUCUUGGAGAAACAUGCCAGUGCGUUGGUGCACCUAGAGCUGUCCUUAAUGACAGAAGAAAUAAACACAAUCUGCUCCUUUUAUGAAUCAUCCAAAGCUCUGGAAAAGGAAGAGCAUAAAGAAAGCCAGGAUAUGAAAAGCAAUAAAGAGAGGGAGAUGGGCAGGAAGCGGGACACCCUUCUGCAAGACUUGGCUGAAUACCACCAGGAGGCUGAACAAACCCUGCGCCAGAAGCACUGGGAAGACAUCAAGAAUUCAGGGCUCAGUCUGGAUCUAGGAACACUCAAAAACACCUUGCAUUUCCUGGAAGAAAUUCCACCUCACUUCUCAUUGCUUGAUCCUGGGUCACGAAUUUCUGAUUCCCACAUCAGAUCAGACGUCACUAAAGAACAAGAAACAGCCUAUUCAUUGGAAGAAAAGUUAUUUCCAGACUCAACGACUCAAAUAUUACAAGCUUCAGCAGUCAAAAUAGUAAAGCUGGAAGCUAUGAAACAAGUUUGUCUGUAUAGAGUGCUGGAUCUCUACAAUGAUCUCCAGAGACAGGCCUGCCCAGAGGGUGUGUCAAGGAUCCUAAACCAGUUGGAAUACAGAGCUACAGGAGAAGCAGUCGCUCAGGAGGUAGCCCAGGCUGUGGAGAAGCAGCAAGUCACAAGAGCCAUGACUUUUCUCCAAAAGCACCACCAAGAGGGGGAUUUGCUCACUGGAUUAAAGGAAGAGUCAGAGGGUAAACUGAGACAUCUGCAGAAACAAUUCCAAAUGGAGCUUCAAAUGCAAACAGAAGACAAGCUGCAGGCCAAAGAAAUGCAAGUGAUCCACAAAGCUGAAAGACAGGAGUUAAGAAACCAUGCUGAGCACCUGGUAUAUUUUAUCCUGUCUCAGAGGCACCUGCGGCAAACAGUAAUAAUGCUACAAGACUGCUUCAGGCUCCAAACAAUGAAUGAGAGAACGCAGAGUGAAGAUGGGCAUUUGGAGGAGCUGGCCAUAGAGGAGCCAUUGCUCGAUGAUGAUCUUAAGAGUAUUUUGCAUCUCAUGAAAGAUCACAUGGAGCACAGAUCAUCAGUCCUGGAGCUGAAACAAGCUGCCAAAUUGUUGCAGCUGAGAGAGAAACAAUUUAGAGAAGUAGCCCGUGGCCUGAAAGACCAUUCUUUGGACAAGGCUGUGGAUUAUGCUAACACAGCAACUGAUGGACUGCGGGAAUUCAGAGAGCAGACAAUAAGGAGAUUGACCCAGCAAUUGAAACUAACCAUGGGCAAUAGAAGAUCUAGGGAAAACACCCCAAGCCUCCUUCAUCCAGUGCAGAUCAAAAAACCCACCCUGGAAGCAGAAAAUAAAAGAGGAAAAGGGGAAGAGGUCUGGGAGAUUUUCCAAGAGAAGCAGCUGGAGCUGGAGGAAUCUCACAGAUGGCAAAUAUCAGAUAAAGGAGCAAAGCUGCAGGAUCAGCUGGAGUGUGGAGACCUAAAGAACUGGAUGAUGCAUAAACUGGUGGAAGAACACAAUGACACCACAGCCUUCUUGGAAAAGGCUUUCCACCAGGACUUGGAGAAGUUGAGAAUGAAGCCAGAGCAGAAGAAGAAUGAGAAAGAAGAGAAACAACAAGAAAAAGACCCUUCUUCAUCUUCAUCUACCUCCUCACACACCCAAGAGAAACCUAGCCAGGCAUGUGACCAGGUUUUAGCGCUCUUUGCAGAGAGUAUCAAAAUACUGAAGCAGACUGAAAAGGUGAUGGCCUCAAGGAUUAUCCUUCUGAAUCCUCAGUUCCGGUGUGACAGCAAUAAAAGCAAAUGCCUAAAUACCUCUCUGCUCCUCACACUCUUGAGAGAUGUGAAUGACCAGCUCCAAACUCAUGCAAAGGCAGCAGGGCUGCUGGAAAGCCAGCAGGAGAAAGGCACAGGAAGUUCUUUCCGGGACAUACCAGACGUUCUGAUGAUUCAUAAAGGGGAACUUAAACCAGUUCAUCCCGAAGCCCUUUCUGCAAGAGAGUUUGUCAUAUACCAGUAUGGCAUCUCCGUCCUACAAUUUCUACGACUUCACAUCAAUGCUCCGGAAAUUAACCUCUGCAUUGCCACCAGCAUACCUUGCAGUAAUGCUGUGGGCAACGCUUUCCGAAACUCCUUCUUUUACCAGAAUUUCGAGAAGAAAUUAUUUGUUUUAAGAGAGUGUCUGGGCUCUGUGGGCAGCUUCCUUCUGCUGCUGGUGCAUUGUCUGGCUCACAUCGCUGCCGCGGACCUCAGCCAGGACUCCAGCCCAGCCUUUCUGAGAUUGUUUUAUCAGGCACUAAAGGCCUGUCUCAGUGAAACCUUCUCUCUCAGACUCCGGAUGUCAGCACUUCUGCAGAACAAUAAAUCCUCUGAGAGGAUAAGUGAGAUUCUGCUGAAGGGAGAACCACUCAUGGAAGGGAACAUAAAUCUUCUCUCUCAGCUUUUUGAUGCAAAAGUGGAAUCAUCCACAGAGACUGAGACCUCUGAGGAGUGUAAGAGGAGCCUCUUGCUCCAUGCAAAUCUUGAGGACUUGCUGAAGAAUACGCUGUCUGAAAAGAAAAAGGAACGUUUCGUCCCCAUCUCAGCUGACUGCAAAGAAAAGAGCUCUGCUGGGAGGACAAGCUUGCGAGAGGAAAACUGUUCUUCCUUCAGUCCUGCAGAAAUGGAAGAGAAGCUGGACGCAUUAACCGAAGAGCUGGUGAAAAUCAUGGAAGAGGAGCAUCGCUUUUUAAGCAGUGCUGCCAAUGAUGAUUUGCCCUUCGAUCAUCUAGAAAUAAUUGGUUUGGAGAAAGACUGUCUGGUAAAGCAAAUAGAAAUGUUAGAGGGGAAAAUAGCAGAAGGCAGAGGGGGUUAUGGUAACAUGUUAUCACAGCAAAUUAAAACCACAGAGGAUAGUCUGGCAGCAUGAACCUAAUGUAGCUCUGUGCACUCCCCUGCAGACCCUGAACUGAAUAAACAUCUCGUGUUGUUCCACUGUGGGUGUCCUUUCUCCCAGCUGCUUAUUAAAAAACCUUGUCUGGUAUCAUUGAAAAAGCCAGGACCCCGGCCCAAAUGGUUCUGAGACUUCUUCAGCAAUACUGCUUAAUCAAUGCUAAAUAACCAGUUGACGAAUCUCGGACAUCACCA